AUGGUUCCCGCGUAUGCCAUUUGUGUUGAAGAGCGAGGUUCCGGAAGCUUCAUGCGUAUGAAAGCUGCCAUGUCUUCUCAUGUGUCGAGCUGCCGCACUUCGAUGUUUGAGAAGAGCGUGGACGAAGUUCAAGCAGCUCUUGACAGGAUGCGCCAAACAAUAGAGGAAGCCCUGCUUGCCAAAACCGACACUACGCUUAUGUCAUUGAAACGUGACUAUAGAUCCGCAGUUGUCGGUAGCCAGUCGACUGCUGGUGGUACUUUACCAAGGGAGAAACGUGCUGCACUUCAGGAGAUCCUACAGCAUAUUAAUGAUUGUGAAACAUCCUAUAAAGAACUGACGCAGCCCGAAACCAAAAUGGAGGUUUCGAGUGAAGUCGUUGGUGAUGAUCAGGAUCAAGAGCAUUCACUGGUGUCAAAUGAAAAUCCAGUCGCAAUCAAAGAGGAAGAGAAGACAAUGGAAAUGGAGUCAUCCCCCGCUGCAGCUACCUCCGCCAAACAAGGACAAUCUGAUGCUGUUUUCUUCGGAAGAUAA